GAAACACGGUUAGUUUCAAGUUAUCGAUUGGGCGUCGCGACGCUCGGUAUCUAAUAAUAAUAAUUCGUCCGUCGAUCAGCUGCUCGGAGCGUGGCGAGGCAGUCGAAAGAUGUUGAACAAUUAAAGCCAAUUAAUAUCAAUAUCGAGUGUUGUAAACUGCCUUUGCUUGUUGCCGAGGAUGGACGGAUUUCUGCGCGUGAACGCCACGACCAGCGCGAUGCCAGCAUCUCCGACGAAUCUCUUCCUGGCCGAGGAGGUCGCAUCGACGUGCCCCCUGAUCACGCCUUCACCUCCGACCAACGAUCUGAUUAAUCCACCGCCAGAUGAAAACCAACGCACCACGUUCAUCAUCGGAGAAGAACUAGCUAAUAAACUUAAACACGUCAAAGAUGAUGAUAAAGCGGCUGGCGAUUCCGGAUCUUCGAGUUCUUCAGUUCUGGCAGAGCCAGUGUGCACUCAGCUACUUAACCAUCGCCAUCACUACUCUCACAUCACGAAAGAUGAAAAUACAACAUCUCAGGAAACCAACGGAAAAGUGCAACCAAUGCAGUUGACUUUCCGCAACCCACCCGAUGAUUACUUCUUUAUGAAAUGGAAUUGGGUGUUAAUCAGGAAAGUCUCCAUAUGGACUUUCCUCUCCGGUUUGAUAGCCAUGACAGCGUUGGUGGUAAUGAUGGUUGGAUCAUUGCCGAAGAGAUGCAACCCACCAACCGAAUGGUAUCAGGGAGGACUGAUGUAUGAGAUCUUUCCCGCAAGCUUCCACGACGCAGACAAUGACGGUGUCGGCGAUUUGAAAGGGAUUGCAAUUUAUGCAGACUACAUCAAACAAUUGGGCGUCAGCGGCGUAAGGCUCAACUCCAUAUUUCCGGCUACACAUUACCCGGAGCAUUACAAAAACAUAUCAACGUUGUUGGAAAUUGAUCCGAAGCUUGGAUCACUUCGCGAUUUCAACAACAUGGUUAAUGCUUUGCAUUUGAGGAACAUCUCUAUCCUCCUCGAUUUUCCACUUUACCCGCACAUUCAGAAGUUACCAUCGCAUCAAAUCAGGGAAUUUAAUGAGAGCCAAGUAGAGGCUGGGGAAUUUGCGAGGAAGAGAUCUCUUGAGAAUCCAAACUCUGAUGAAAUCAGUGAAGCCCUGCAGUUCUGGAUGGAGUACGGAGUGGAUGGGUUCUAUUUUAAAGGGUUAGAGAAUUACUUGGAGGAUCCUCUUUUCGUGCCAAAUUUGCGCAGAUGGAAGAAGUUGGUGCGCGAGAAUCCAAUAAUCAUCGAUAAUGCCGUCUUGAACAAAGCUCCUAUGGAAUUGAUGAAUACUAUCUUGACGAAUGUCGAUUUAGUCGAUAUUCAAGUGAAGAUUGAGAACGGAGUUUCGGGUAUACGUAAUCAGUUGGAUUCUAUUCAAAACGGAACUCUGUUUUCGAAGGCUUCGAUGCCGUGGAUUCACUGGAGUUUAGGAAACGUAGAUUCUAUUCGUUUGGCCGAUAGACUUCACUAUGGUAAUGCUACACUUGGUGCGAUUCUUCUGCAGCUGAUGCUACCAGGAACCCCAUGCAUUUUCUACGGAGAUGAAGUUGGAAUGCAUCAGGUUGAGGAUCCGGAGAACGAUAGGGAAGAUCUUAAGCAUCUCCAUCAAUUGGGCGCGAUGAUCUGGGAGGAGCUGCGUUUCACGAAGAAAGGUUUGUUGCCGUGGAUGCACGGUAAGCCGACACACUCGAAUUUCAAGCAACUGGAGCUUGUCUCAAAGAUGGCCAAAUUACGUGUUCAAUCGCCAUCGAUCUACGUGAAUACCGUGCUCAAGGAUGGUCAAAGCAAAGCGAAUUCGGAGGUGAAGUACUCGCAGGGCGAUCUUCUAGUUAUACAGAGGUAUUAUCCGCGUAGGAAGAGCUUUGUCGUCGUCAGCAACUUGGGUGCAAAUCUGCAAACGGCCGAUUUAUCUAAAUUACUUUACACCGGCAACGUCAUUGUCGGACCGAAGGUGGACUCAAAAUCAGAAAGCAUUUCGUUCAAGGAGAUCUCCCUUUGGCCCGGAGAAUCAGUCGUAAUCGAACUCGAUUAAAAAUUUUAAAGCAAACAUAACACUAGAAGUUUCAUAAUUGUAAUGCGAUUUAUCAACAAAUAUACAAAACAACGAUUGAAACCAUAGUUGAUUGUGCUGUUGCAUCGACGCGGUCGCCGGAAUUUACAUUGUUUUCGCUUAUUUUAAAAAUUAUUUGUUAAUCAUUUCUGAAAUUGUAAUUUGAUAUUAUUGAAAUAAAUGUUGUUGAAAUUAGUGAUGUCAAAUGUC